AUGGAAACCGCCGUGCCCGUCUCCUACGGCUUCGGCGGCCCCCAUGACCUGGCCGCCGUCUCGCACCGCCGCCUGAUGGGCCCGCCGCCCGACACGCCCAUGCCGCCCUACUACGCCAGCCCGCCGCUGCCUUACGCCGCCCACCUGCACGCCCCCGCCGCCUACGGCUUCGGCCACAUCCUCAACACCAGCCAUGCCUCCUCCUACCAGCCCUUCUACGCCGCCGCCGCCAGUCCGCUGGCCCACCGCCUGCCCGACCACCCCGCUGCCGCCCCCCUUGCCCGCUCCUCCGCCGCCGCCACGCCUACUACCACCAUUCCCACGACAUCUCCCUCCUCCUCCUCCUCUCCGCCCUCCACCGCCGCUGCCAACGGCCUCGCCCGCCUGAUCGAGUCCCAUCCCGCCAGACUCGACCCGGACCACCACCAGCACCAGCACCACCAACACCACCAUCAACAUCCCACACACCACCUCCACCACCAGCAACACUCGCACUCCCGCCCCGCCAGCAUCAUCCACCAGCACAAGCCCGACGACCACCAGCAGCAGCAGCAGCAGCACCAGCACCAGCAGCCCACCGGCGACUCGCGGCCCGGCAAGCAGUCCCUGCGCGUCAAGCCCGACAUCGAGUUCUCCACCGAGGUCGACACGCUCAUGAAGACCAUCCAGUCCAAGCCCAAGCUCGCCCAGCCGCAGCUGCCGCCGCUGCACCAGUUCACCACCGGCGUGCCCGGCUGGUCCUACCCGGGCCCUGGUGCCGCCGUCUCAGCCGCUCCGCCACCGCCCCCGCCGCCACCGCUCGUCCAGCAACAGCAGCAACAACAGCAGCAGUCUUCGUCGUCGUUGUCAUCCGCGUCGAUGUUUGCGCCGCCCCAGCCCGACCGCCCGCCGCCCUCCAAGCAGAAGUCCCGCCGCAAGUACGAGUGCACCCUGCCGAACUGCAGGAAGAGCUUCUACCAGAAGACCCAUCUGGACAUCCACAUGCGCGCGCAUACGGGUGACAAGCCGUUUAUCUGCAAAGAGGCCGGCUGUGGUCAACGGUUCUCGCAGCUGGGCAACUUAAAGACCCACGAACGCCGCCACACUGGCGAGAAGCCGUACUCCUGCGACAUCUGCAACAAGAAAUUCGCCCAGCGCGGCAACGUGCGCGCUCACAAGAUCACGCAUGAAAAGGCCAAGCCCUUCAUCUGCCGCCUGGACGACUGCGGCAAGCAGUUCACACAGCUCGGCAACCUCAAGUCUCACCAAAACAAAUUCCACGCCCAAACCCUGCGCGAGCUGACGAUCCGCUUCUCCACCCUGUCCGAGACGGAGCGGCUCGCCCAGCACGACGUCGAGCUGUGGGAGUACUUCGCGACCCUGUACAAGAACAGCAACAAGGGCAUCAAGGGCCGCGGCAAGGACCGCCGCGUCUCGUCCACCGCGAAGCAGCUCCGCCACCCGCCGCCGCCGCCGCCGCCGUCGUCUGCCCCCUCGUCCUCGUCGCACCCACACCCACACCCACACCCACACGCGCUCCAGCACCCGCACCCGCCUGCCCCCUCGUCCUCGGCUUCGUCCUCGGCUUCCCUGUCGUCGUCGUCAUCGACGGCCGGAUCGUCGGUGAGCAGCGGCAUGGACGAGAUGGGCGGCACCGCGACGUCGGCGGCGGCGGCGGGCAGUCUCGACGACGAGAAGCACCGCAUGAGCAUGUUCCACCAUCGGUCGUCGUAUCUGAGCACGCCGAGCAGCGACGAGGUCGAUUUCCACGAGCACAUGUAUUCGCGCGGGCCGCAUUGA